GAGCUGGUCGAGCAGGCCAAGCUUCCUCAAGUGGGCAAGUCAGGCUGCAGGGCCAUAGUGGGGUUGACAUUUGCAGUUUUGAGGUGAGGCUGCUGAAGCUAGGGUUCCUGCGGGAUCACCAGAGGAAGGAGCCACCUCUGGUGGCUGGUGGCAGUCCUUCCUCCCAGCUCCUGGAGCCCACGCCUCCCCGGAUCUGGCCCGCGUCAGCCAAGUCAGGUGGAAAUCUCCCCAUUCAAACCAGCGCGGGCCAAUCAGGGACUGGCGCGCCCGGCUGUUCCAACGCGCGGAGCGGCCGGGCCCCGGAUCCCGCCCGCCCGGGAGACGCAGGCGAGGUGCAGAAAGGCUGAGCCUGCUGCCUGGGUUACCUGCACCCACAUAACCACCGCCUGGGGACAGGCCCUCCUGUCCUGGCCGCAACAGGGACGCCAUGGAGCGCUCUCUGCACCGCGUCUCCCUCGGGAGCCGGCGCGCCCACCCGAACUUGUCCUUCUAUCUCACCACCUUUGGUCAACUGAAGCUGUCCAUUGAUGCCCAGGAUCGGGUUCUGCUGCUGCACAUCAUAGAAGGCAAAGGCCUGAUGAGCAGGGAGCCUGGCAUCUGCGAUCCCUAUGUGAAGGUUUCUUUGAUCCCAGAAGACAGCCAGCUCCCCUGCCAGACCACACAGAUCAUUCCAGACUGCCGAGACCCAGCUUUCCACGAGCACUUCUUCUUUCCUGUCCCAGAGGAGGGUGAUCAGAAGCGUCUUCUGGUGACAGUGUGGAACCGGGCCAGUGAGACCAGGCAGCAUACGCUUAUUGGCUGCAUGAGCUUUGGGGUGAGGUCUCUCUUGACUCCGGACAAGGAGAUCAGUGGCUGGUACUAUCUGCUAGGGGAGGACCUGGGUCGGACCAAGCACCUCAAGGUGGCUAGGCGGCGGCUCCAGCCCCUGAGAGACAUGCUGUUGAGAAUGCCAGGAGAGGGGGACCCUGAGAACGGGGAGAAACUCCAGAUCACCAUCCGGAGGGGCAAAGACGGCUUUGGCUUCACCAUCUGCUGUGACUCUCCGGUCCGAGUCCAGGCUGUGGAUUCUGGGGGCCCGGCAGAGAGGGCGGGACUGCAGCAGCUGGACACAGUGCUACAACUGAAUGAGAGACCCGUGGAGCACUGGAAAUGUGUGGAGCUGGCACAUGAGAUCCGGAGCUGUCCUAGCGAGAUCAUCCUGCUCGUGUGGCGUGUGGUCCCCCAGAUCAAGCCGGGGCCAGAUGGCGGAGUCUUGCGGCGGGCCUCCUGCAAGUCCACACAUGACCUCCUGUCACCCCCUAACAAGAGGGAGAAGAACUGUACUCAUGGGGCCCCAGUUCGUCCUGAGCAGCGCCACAGCUGCCACCUGGUGUGUGACAGCUCUGAUGGUCUACUGCUUGGUGGCUGGGAGCGCUACACUGAGGUGGGCAAGCGCAGUGGCCAGCACACCCUGCCUGCACUGUCCCGGACCACCACCCCUACUGACCCCAACUACAUCAUCCUGGCCCCACUGAAUCCUGGAAGCCAGUUGCUGCGGCCUGUGUACCAGGAGGAUACAAUCCCUGAAGAACCGGGGACUACUACUAAAGGGAAAUCGUACACCGGCCUGGGCAAGAAGUCUCGGCUCAUGAAGACAGUGCAGACCAUGAAGGGCCACAGUAACUACCAAGACUGCUCAGCCCUGAGACCGCACAUCCCGCAUUCCAGUUACGGCACCUAUGUCACCCUGGCCCCUAAAGUCCUGGUGUUCCCUGUCUUUGUGCAGCCCCUAGAUCUCUGUAACCCUGCCCGGACUCUCCUGCUGUCGGAGGAGCUGCUGCUGUAUGAGGGGAGGAACAAGACUUCCCAGGUGACACUGUUUGCCUACUCGGACCUGCUGCUGUUCACUAAGGAGGAGGAGCCAGGCCGCUGCGACGUCCUGAGAAAUCCCCUCUACCUCCAGAGCGUGAAGCUACAGGAGGGCUCUUCAGAAGACUUGAAAUUCUGUGUGCUGUACCUGGCAGAGAAGGCAGAGUGCUUAUUCACUUUGGAGGCACACUCGCAGGAGCAGAAGAAGAGAGUGUGCUGGUGCCUGUCGGAGAACAUCGCCAAGCAGCAACAGCUGGCCGCACCACCUACAGAGAGGAAGAAACUUCACCCUUACGGCUCUCUCCAGCAGGAGAUGGGGCCAGUCACCUCCAUCAGUGCCACCCAGGAUAGAAGCUUUACCUCAUCAGGACAGACCCUGAUUGGCUGAGCAAGUCCAAGGGCAGGACUAUGCUUCUGGCAACUCUGGGGCUUCCCCUAUCACACAGUAACCUCAUCUCAACUGGACCCAAAACAGAAGACCAAGAUGGUGGGCCUAGGGUCACCUGGAGGGAGUGGUCCCAAGGGUGUGUGUGGACCUGGCAACAGGAGGAACAGUGGUAUGAGGGACCCUGUGGGUUUGUGCAGACUGGUACCAGGAAGUCCUGGAUGGAGAAGACGCCAAAACAGGAGGCUAAGUGGCACCUGGGCACCUUCCUGGGCACAGCAGGAAAGAGGGAGAGGGCACUCGAACGGAAGAUGGUGCCUGUGACCCAUUCCUGCUGGAAGACAUCUCUCCUUCCCACUCCUAUUUCAAAUGGACACAUUUACUUCCUCAGUCAGUGGGUACUGGGGGACAUCUCCUUUGUGCUAGGGUGUGUGCUAGAAGAUGCUGUGCUCCCAUCAAGAUCCCAGCCCUCCCCGUCCCAACAGGGAGAGAACACCAAAUAAAUCAACACUGAUACACACAUACACUGCAAGGGUCUGUACAGAAACAUCACAGAUGUCUUCAGACAGGGCAUUAUGUCUCCUUGCUACGUGUGGGCUAUGAAGGGGAACCAUACAGCUUGAGCUGGAGAGGAGCUAGCCAGCCAAGGACUUUGAAGAGAGCGUUCCAGGCAGUGGAAGAAGCUUGAGGAAAGGUGUCACAGACUCCUCCCGGUGCAUAUCUACAAGAUCAGAUUGCAGUUAGGAGGGGCCCAAGUGGCUGUGAGACUGGUUAGGGCUCCCCUUCAGGCCUCCAGGGUGAGGGGUGAUGGUGGUUUGUUCUAGAGGGCGCUGCGAUGGUAGGUAUUGGAAGGGUAGGCUCUGGGAUAAGGAGUGAUGCUAGCUCACCCUUGCCUGCCCUCGUGCUCCGUUGGGUCUUGCUAUCUUGGUGGCGUGAGGUUUGAGGCCUCCCUCCUAGGGAUUCCUCUACUCAGACCAGAGUUGAGCUUUUGGGAAUGCCCAUGAGCACCGAAACAGUAAAGCUUAAUUUUCCCAAGAUGGGAAAGUUCAUGUCUCCCCUGCUUCCAGGCUCCGUAGAGAUCACCUGUAUCUGCUCUACCUGUCAUGCUAAGAGAAGGAAGCUAGGGCCUUGCACUCUGAGAACUCCCGUUUUUUGCUUUCUGUAGGGCUUCUAAGGAGCAGCAGCCGGUGGCCAGGACCAAGUGUAGCUCAGCAACCUUUACAGAGACAACAUGAAAGGAAUCUUGCCCAGGUCCAGUAAUGAGAGCUGGGUCCACUCCCAUGCUCUGGGCUAGGUAGCUCACCCUUUUCUAACUGUAGAGACCCAGCAGGACAGAAUCUCAAGGCUGUGGAUUGGAAGGACGAGGGCCAUAUGCUAGAGAGUAUUUGUCGGGUUAGGUACUGAGCACGCAGAGGCAGAAAGCUGCAGUGAUGGCUAAGGCCAGAGAAGCCCCAGACCUGAGUCUUAAGUACCUUAAGGACGAUUCUUGUGCUCUUUUGAGUUUGCUAAACUACCAGAGCCACCUGAGCCCCUAAAUGGUGGCCCAGGAGAGUGCAUGUCCCUUAUUUUCCUUCCAACUUUGGAAAAAUGAGCCAUGCUGAGUUAUCAGUCUAACAGGGAAUGGGGUGACUCUGCAGGAAUCAGGCUAACACCCAGCCCAGCAAGGAAAGAUUGGCUUGGUUCAAGGGUUGUGUAGCACCACACUGCCAGCCAGUGAUCAGCCCACGGGGUAAAUCCGAACAGCCGGGUCUGUGCAGACAGCAAACCACACUUUGAUUUCACUUGAUUCUCUCACCUAAUGAUUGAUCGUGAGGUCAUGAAGCCCAGGAGGACCACCUGCGUGGGAAAUCAGCUAUCUUGUUUCGCUUGCAUCUGGGCACAGACCUCUGUCCAACAGAUGGGCACAGAAGACAAGAAGAGGAUCUGAACAUAACACCCACCCCGGGGACGAGCCGUUCUCCCUGAUCAGCAACUUCUGAGUGGAACAGAUUCUCCCAUCAAGCUCCCAGGCCUACUGGCUGAUGGGGAAGAGGAAGGUACUCCUGGCAAGUCCUGGGCUAGCUUGCUCCAUGACUGUGGUGAGCCACGGCACCAUGGCCAUCUUGCUUCAUAAAUCAAUGUGACAAUUAAUUUGGUGUCGUGGGCCCGAGAGGAUGAAAUAUGACCCGGUGGCCUCCGCUCUUCAGUCCAUCCCAGCUGUUCAAGAGGAGGAGGAGCUCUCAGCGUGGCCUCUGAGAGUCAUAAUCACGGGAACCACGCCGGCCCCCUCCCUGCCACAUAAAUCACGCUAAGAAGCACACAACGACUUCUUUCCUGAUGGGCUAAUUGUCUUGGGUGGUGUCUCCGGCCCCAGGAGCGGGGAGGUCGGGAGCACAGCCACUUUAUUGUUGAAAGGCCAUCUGUGAGAUUUGAAUACAAAGUGCCUCUUUGAGUCUCCUACCCGUUCUGGGAUCCCAUUUCUGUGUCUCCCACUCUGAGUCCUUUGAAGCUCAUCUCUCAUAGAAGCCCUCAUUGCCUGAGUCCUUUGGCCCUUUGGGAGCUGGAAUUAUACAGACCUUCUGAGAAUGGUGAUUCUUAUUUGUACAUGUCUUAUUAUUAUUACUAUUAUAAUAAUAAUUAUUAUUAUUAAUUUCC